AUGCCGAUUCCGUUGAAGUCUGGGAGCUUAGUUCGCCUGGAGGAUGGCACUUUGGGUGUCCACAGUCAUGGCACCCAGCUGUUGAUCACAGCGCCGGGCCAAACGGGGCAGCCUUCCACGGCAGUCGCCCCAGUCGCCCCAGUCGCUUCAGUGCCAGUGAUGGCCUCAGAUCUUCGGAAACCAUUACAAGGAGGUGGAGCAGAGAGUUUCGAUUUGGUCUUAGGUCCACAAACUUCAGAUGCAGUUCUGGGCGAAGAAAUGUCUCAGUGUCUUUUUGAAAAAGGCUUUUGCGUCUUACGACUUUGUGGAGGGAAUGGAGGUGAGGCCAUUCAAGCCAUGCAAGAUCUGGCAGAAGAUGGACAGCUCGGCCGGCUACCCGAAGAAGUUGAAGAAGGCUACUUAGGUCUUGGUGGUAAAGGCCGAGUCCUAUGGCUGGAUCCUGAGUCCAAACGGGACUUCCAUCAACAACUGCUGGCGUUGGAUCAGAACUUGUCCUACUUGGCUUCUGUCCUCCAGCCUUUCAGUGGUGAUGUCUUCGAGAAGCCCAUCAAGGAGCGAACCCCUGCCUUGUUGAGUCUAUCCUUAGAAGAGGAGGAAGAGGAAGAUUAUCCUCAACCUCCUGCGGAUGACAAGAUCUUGGGUGAUUUUCUGAGCACAUGGCGUCGCGGUUUGGUUCGUGUGGUGCAAUUCAUUGGACCAAACUCCACUGCGGUUGAGCUGGAGACAAAGGAAGGUCCAGAUGCAGCUGCACUGCCCGUUCAACAGGAGGUCAUCCGAAUCACUGCAGAAGCUGGAACAAUUCUACUCUUCCGCCCAGAUUGUUUCACUCAUUCCACCACUUGCAACGGAGAAGUCUUGAGCGUCUCAACAGCCUUCCUCUCCGAACAGCCUCGAUGGUUCAUCAACGCGGCAAAAGACUUCGACCCCAGCAGCUGGCUCUGUUUGGGUGGCAGCAUCGCACCCAAUGGACCUCCACCCCCAGAGGGACAUGGCAUCAAUGUGUUGCAUCUGGCGACACGAAUGCCAGCCCAAUGGGAUGAGCCGGAGAUGUACAACACAGGGCUCAAUGCUGGUACUGAUGCUGUGAUUGAGGUCCCCAUUACCAGAUUUGAUGUGAAUGAGUACUUCACAGCAGAUCCUGAUUCAAUUACCGUGAUGAAUCCCAAAAUGAACCAACGGCACACGUCUUUUGUGGAUGGCAUCGAACUCUUUGACAACAAGUACUUCGAGAUUUCCAGCAACGAGGCCAACAAUAUGGACCCCCUGCAACGACAGGUCUUAGAGGUUGGAGGGAGUUUGAUGUAUCAGAUGGGCGUCAGCAAGAAAGUCUCCAACAAGAAAUCGCAUCACGUGGGCUUUUCCGUUGGCGUGGACAAGGCCGACUUUCCAACUCUCGGCUUGGGAGGUGGUGGCACCAAUGCCCUGGCAAUCAUCGCCAAUCGCUUUAGCUUCGUUUUCAAUUUGAAAGGUCCGAAUUACAUCUGUGACACAGCCUGUUCGGCAUCUCUGACAGCUACCCAUUUGGCCAAGCCCUUGUUGAUGGAUCGGACUUGGGAUGUCUUAGAUUUUCAUGUGGCAACCGGAACUCAUCUCUGUUUGUCUCCAGGGCCAUGGGUUGGAUGUGCCUUGGGACAUAUGACUUCACCCCAGGGACGAUGCUUCACCUUCGACUCGACGGCCAAUGGUUACCUCCGAGGGGAGGGCACUGCUGGGAUGGUGCUGAAAUAUGGGGACUACGAUAGCAAGGGAUGCAUCUACCGUGCCUCCUGUGUCGGCCAAGAUGGCCGUAGUGCCAGUUUGACCGCACCCAAUGGACCAGCCCAGGAGGAGAUCAUCAACAAAGCCAUCCGAGAGGCCAGGAUGACGCCACCGGAAUCCACCUGUUGGGAAUGCCAUGGAACUGGGACAUCCUUAGGAGAUCCCAUUGAAGUCGGUGCAGUUCGAAAGGUUCAAAGAAAGACGGUGAGGCCUGAGCCUCUCAUGAUGUCUUCCAACAAAAGUAACAUUGGACACUUGGAGGGUGGAGCUGCAAUGGCAGCCAUGGUGAAAUGUGUGUUGGGUGUGAAACAGAACCAAUGUGUCGCCUCUUUGCACCUUCGCCAAUUGAAUCCUCAUUUGGAGCAUACCAUUUUCGAUGCCUUCUUCGAGACCGAGCGAACUUGUUUCUCCUUCGACCGAGCUCAUUGUCAAAUCUCGUCCUUUGGCUUUGGAGGCACCAAUGGCCACUGCAUCUUUUGGGGCAAAUCCAGUGUUGGCAAACAAGAUAUCCAAACCUUGCUGCUGCGUCGCAUUGCCAAGAUGUCCCCGGCAGAGAUUCGACCUGUGGGGAACAAUCCGGAUGAUUGGGAAGCAGAUCUUCCUGAGGCCAAUCCCAAAGCUGGAGACAUCUACAGCAUCGUCAUGCGCCCCGAUGAUCCCAUGGAUGAGCCCAUCAAAUGGGUGAAAAUCAGAGAUGCAGAGGAACGAGAGGAACGAGAGGAACGAGAGGAACGAGAGGAACGAGAGGAACGAGAGGAACGAGAGGAACGAGAGGAACGAGAAUCGAUUGAAGAAGCUUAUGCCAUCACAGGAAAUUUCAACAAUUGGCAGCAGGAUUUGAUGUCUCCUGGAGUGUCAGGUCAAUACAGCAUGACAGUCUUUGUCCCAGCUGAUGGUCUAGAGUUCCGCUUUCUGAAGAUGCCAGGAGCCUUGCCAAUUGCACCGGAGAAGGACAAAUGUGCUGAGAAGACCGGGAAAAUCUUAGGACCUCAGGAGGAUUUGACAACCUGUUGGUCAGUGAAAGCUGCAGCGAAUUCCUGCUUGCGAAUAGAGCUGCUCUGCUUGAAGCAGAUUUAUAGUGUCCUGUGGAUGCCAGUCCAAUGAGAGCUUCCUGG